AUGAUGGCAGCGACCGCAAGCGCCGGUGAUGAUGAGGAUGAUCAGGAGGAGGAGGCGGAGGAGGAGGAGGAAGAUGUCGGUGUUGUUGAUGUGCUGAUGCUGUGUUUGAUUGGUGAUGUUGGCAAAAGUGAGAAUGAUGAGCAUCGUCCUGGCCACAGUAUCUAUGAAAGCCGGGGAUGUUAUUCUGGUACGAACGCCGCUGCUUCUGCAGCCGGCGAUGGUAGCGACGGCUUUGAUGACUGUGCAGUUGCAGCGGGUGAGGCGGAGUUCAACGCCGCUGGCGACAAGAGCUACGAGGUGGAGGGCAAGGCCGCUGGCCGCCUUCGCUCUGCUAACGGCUUCCACUUCAUGCAGGUCUUCCAAGCUGGGCACAUGGUGCCCAUGGACCAGCCGGCUGUGGCACUGCAGAUGCUCAACGACUUUAUCCAGGGUAGCCUGGCUUGGGUCUAG